UGGCAUCAAAGACCAACAAUACGCAUAUGAUUCGGGCCCACCUUAGGGUUUUUGGAACGCAACCCCACAUAUUCUACCACUUCAUCAGCAACCAGAUCAAAUUUGCAGCAGCGGCGCCGUCUCUUCUCCGCCGCUUCCACGUUCAGACGCCUCUUCAGUCUUCUCCCCCAGCCGGUAGCGCGCCGAUGGAUAACGGAAAAGGGAUUGAAGACCCGGAGAAGAAGAAGAAGAAGGAAGAAAAGGCAAGAGAGAAGGAAUUGAAAAAGCAGAAAGCUUUAGAGAAAGCUGCUAAGCUUCAGGCGCAACAAGCGGCGAGUUCUUCUUCUAAAAAGAGUGAAAAGAAGCAUGUAAAGCGUUCCAACCAGGAGGAGGAGAAUGAAGAGGACUUUAUUGAUCCAGAGACUCCAUUUGGCCAGAAGAAACGGAUGUCGAAUCUCAUGGCGAAAGAGUAUAGUCCAAGUGUUGUAGAGAAAUCGUGGUAUGAAUGGUGGGAGAAGACAGGGUUCUUUGUGGCAGAUGCCAAGAGCUCCAAACCUCCUUUCGUCAUUGUUUUGCCACCUCCCAAUGUGACUGGUGCCCUUCAUAUUGGCCAUGCUCUUACUGCUGCUGUUGAGGACACUAUAAUUCGUUGGCGGAGAAUGUCUGGUUACAAUACCUUGUGGGUGCCUGGAAUGGACCAUGCUGGCAUAGCAACACAGGUGGUUGUAGAAAAGAAGCUAAUGCGUGAAAGCCAAUUAACCAGGCAUGAUAUUGGUCGUGAGAAAUUUGUGGCUGAAGUUUGGAAUUGGAAAAAUAAGUAUGGGGGCACCAUUUUACAGCAGCUACGUCGUUUGGGUGCUUCUUUGGACUGGUCCCGUGAGUGCUUUACAAUGGAUGAGAAAAGAUCAAGGGCUGUGACAGAGGCUUUUGUGAGGCUUCAUAAGCAAGGGCUUAUCUACAGGGAUAAUCGUCUAGUUAAUUGGGAUUGUGUCUUGCGGACAGCAAUAUCUGAAAUUGAGGUGGACUAUAUUGAUGUAAAAGAAAGGACGCUACUAAAGGUUCCUGGGUAUGAGAACCCUGUAGAAUUUGGAGUUUUGACUUCAUUUGCUUACCCUUUGGAAGAAGGUUUAGGUGAGAUUGUUGUGGCCACUACUAGAGUGGAAACAAUGCUUGGUGAUACUGCUAUUGCUGUACAUCCUAAUGAUGAAAGGUAUCAGCAUCUUCAUGGGAAGCAUGCCGUUCAUCCUUUUAAUGGAAGAAGGAUUCGUAUAAUAUGUGAUGCAAUUCUCGUUGAUCCAGAAUUUGGGACUGGUGCUGUGAAGAUUACACCGGCCCAUGAUCCUAAUGACUUUGAUGUUGGAAGGCGUCAUAAUCUUGAAUUUAUCAACAUCUUUACUGAUGAUGGAAAAAUAAACCAGGAUGGUGGAGAAUUUGCAGGGAUGCCACGUUUCAAAGCCCGAGAGGCAGUGACUGAAGCACUAAAGAAGAAGGGCCUCUUUAAAGAUGCCAAGGCCAAUGAGAUGCGCCUUGGAAUUUGCUCUAGAAGUCAAGAUGUUGUGGAGCCCAUGAUAAAGCCCCAGUGGUAUGUUAAAUGCAGCGGUAUGGGAAAAGAAGCCCUUCAUGCUGCCAUAGAUGAUGAGAAUAGGGAGCUUGAGAUCAUCCCGAAACAGUAUACUGCUGAUUGGAAGAGAUGGCUUGAGAGCAUUCGUGAUUGGUGCAUUUCAAGGCAACUCUGGUGGGGUCACCGUGUUCCUGCAUGGUAUGUUGUUUAUGAGGGUGAUAGUCCAGACAAUUUUGGAGCAUCAGAUGAGCGAUGGGUGGUUGCGAGAAACGAAGAAGAGGCCAAAGCACAGGCUAGUCUAACAUUUGAGGGGAAAUUUCAGUUAAUGCAGGAUCCUGAUGUGCUUGACACGUGGUUUUCUUCUGGUCUUUUCCCAUUGUCUGUGUUGGGCUGGCCGGAUGAUACAGAAGAUCUGAAGGCAUUUUAUCCUACUUCAGUUCUUGAAACCGGGCAUGACAUUCUCUUUUUCUGGGUUGCUCGUAUGGUAAUGCUUGGAAUUACUUUGGGUGGCAACGUACCUUUUACAAAGGUAUAUUUGCACCCUAUGAUUCGUGAUGCACAUGGGCGUAAAAUGUCCAAGUCCUUGGGGAAUGUCAUUGAUCCUCUUGAGGUAAUAAAUGGUAUUACCCUUGAAGGUCUCCAUCAGAGGCUUUUAGAGGGAAAUUUGGAUCCCAAGGAAUUGACUGUAGCCAAAGAAGGGCAAGUAAAGGACUUUCCUAAGGGUAUUGAGGAAUGCGGUGCAGAUGCUCUCCGUUUUGCCCUUGUCUCUUACACUGCUCAGUCUGAUAAGAUAAAUCUGGACAUCCAAAGGGUUGUGGGUUAUCGUCAAUGGUGUAAUAAACUGUGGAAUGCAGUACGAUUUGCUAUGAGCAGGCUUGGGGAUGAUUAUGUUCCCCCCUCAGAUGUAAAUCCAGACGCGCUUCCAUUUAGUUGCCAGUGGAUACUUUCAGUACUAAACAAAGUCAUCUCCAAAGCUGUUUUGUCACUGGAAGCGUAUGACUUCUCGUAUGCAGCCACUGCAGUGUAUGCCUGGUGGCAGUACCAAUUGUGCGAUGUCUUUAUUGAAGCUAUCAAGCCUUACUUUUCGGGCAACAAUCCAAAGUUCGAGUCUGAAAGGGGUUUUGCACAAGCCACACUAUGGUUAUGUCUUGACAAUGGUCUGCGGUUGCUUCAUCCAUUUAUGCCAUUCGUCACAGAAGAACUGUGGCAGCGCCUUCCAUCACCAAAGGAUCACAAGAGGCCAGCCUCAAUUAUGAUAUGCGAAUAUCCUUCCACUGUAGAGCGCUGGACAAAUGAAAGGGCGGAGUCCGAGAUGAAUCUUAUAGAUUCUGUUGUGAAAUCUCUUCGUUCACUUGCAAAAGAAAGUCGUGAAAGGCGGCCAGCUUCUGUGCUUUGUCGAACACCAUUAGAUAGGGAAAUAAUAUGCAGCCGUCAACUGGAGAUUGAAACGCUGGCCAAUUUGUCAUCUUUGACAGUAAUCAACGAGAACGAUGCUGCUCCAACUGGGUGUGUGGUGGGUGUUGUAAAUGAAAACCUUUCUGUUUAUCUUAAGCUUCAAGGAAGUCGUUCAUUAGAAGCCGACCUUGAAAAGAUCCGGAAGAAGAUGGAAGACAUUAAAUUGCAACAGGAGAAGCUAUCCAGGGCGAUGAAUGUAGCCGGUUACAAAGAAAAGGUCCCGGAGAAGAUUCAGAAGGCUAAUGCGGACAAGCUCGAAUCACUCGAGAAGGAAAAAUUGUCUCUUGAAGAAGCAAGCCAGCAUAUGGAAGCACAGAUAUCGAGCAACGAGCAGUAACGACUUGCAAUUUUUGUUCAAUGACCUCAUAGCAACAUGCAGUUAGACACCUUUCAUCGCUGAAGGAUGAAAAUUGGCUUCUCAUAUGUUGUCCAAUUUGAAAGUUGAUCAAGAACUAUUUGUUCGUAUUAUAUUACUCGCAAAUUUGCUUUGUUAUUGAUAAUUUAAUGAGAUUUUCCUACA